AUGGCCCCCCUGAGAAACUACAUCUCCCAGGGGGACUUGCGGCGGCGCGGCCCCGGCGCGGCGCGCCCGGCGCGGGGCAUGCUGGGACGGGGGCUCCAAAAUGGACAACCACAGGGAUGCGCCAGGGAAGGCGAGCCGGUGGUUCGGAGUGUCCCAGUCCAAGUCGGCCAAGACCAGUGUGAACAUCCUGCAGCAGGAGGAGCUGAUCGCCCAGAAAAAACGGGAAAUCGAGGCCCGGCUGGAGCAGCAGGCGCGGCAGAAUUCCCUCAGCAUCCCGCAGCUCCCGCUGCUCGGAGACGACGAUGGCUCCGAGAGCGAGGCCUCUGUGUCCAACAAGUUUGUGAACGAUGGGAGCUUCCUGCAGCAAUUCCUGAAGCUCCAGAGGGAAAAAUCCAAUGCUGAAACUCCUCCAAAUCCCCCCAACAAUUCUGGGAAUGCCCCAGCUCCAAACCCCGGGAAGAAGCCGGCGCUGCUGGGGAAGCGGCCGGGCCAGGCCCUGAGCCGGAUGCUCCAGGCCCGGAGCCUCUCCCAUCCCAAACCCAGCCCCGUCCUGAGCCGCCUCAGUGUCUUCCAGGGCCCCGAUGAGGAUGAGGAAGAGGAUUACGAGCAGUGGUUGGAAAUCAAAGUUUUGCCCCCAGAGGACUCGGAGACGCGGCAGGUGGUGGAAAAGCUGGCCAGGUUCGUGGCUGAGGGCGGCCCCCAGCUCGAGAAGGUGGCCAUGGAGGACUACAAGGACAAUCCCGCUUUUUCGUUUUUGCAUGAUAAGAACAGCAGGGAAUUCCUUUACUACAGGAAGAAAGUGGCAGAAAUAAGGAAAGAAAAUCAAAAUUCCCAGGCAGCCUCUUCCCAAAAAGUUUCCCCCCCAGCCGAGCUGGAGACGCGGCGCUCGGCCGAGAAACUGGCGCAGAUGGUGGCGGCGGGGGGGCCCGAGGUGGAGGCCAUCGCCCUGCAGAACAACAGGGAGAACCCCGCCUUCAGGUUCCUGUACGAGCCGCACAGCAAAGGGCACCGCUACUACCGCCAGAAACUGCAGGAGCUGCGCAGGGCCCGCGCCGGGGGCUCCCCUUUUCCCGGGAAUUCCCCUUUUCCCGGAAAUUCCCCUUUUCCCAGCAAUUCCCCUUUUCCCGGGGGCUCCCCUUUUCCCGGGAAUUCCCCUUUUCCCGGAGAAUCCGGCCUCAAACCCGGUCCCGAGGCUUCUCCCUCCCCCGUGUGCUUCCCGCCCCUCCCCAUCCCCAUCCCGCCGCCUCUUCCCGCUCCUCUUCCCGCUGCUCUUCCCAUUCCUUCGGCCUCUCCUGCUCCAUCCUCAUCCUCCACCUCCCCUCCGGAUCAGCCGGCCCUGAAUCCCGCUCCGAUCCCAAAUCCUGCUCCGAUCCCAAAUCCUGCUCCGAUCCCAAAUCCUGCUCCGAUCCCAAAUCCUGCUCCGAUCACGAAUCCGGCCAUGACCCCAAAUCCGGCCAUGACCCCAAAUCCGGCCAUGACCCCAAAUCUGGCUGCAAUCCCAAAUCCGGCUCCGAUCCCAAAUCCGGCCCCGAUCCCGAAUCCGUCCGCGAGCCCCAAUCCGUGCUGGAGCCCCGGGGCCGGCGGGAUCCCGAAUCCUGGCGCGGGCAGCAGCAAGAGGAAGAGGAAGAGCCGCUGGGGGCCGGAGGAGGAGAAGGUGGAGCUGCCCCUGCCCCAGCUGGUGCAGCAGCUGGAGUCACCCACACCCCUCUCAGUUCAGGACCUGAAGGGGCUGGGAUACGAGAAGGGCAAACCCGUGGGAUUGGUGGGAGUCACGGAGCUCUCCGAGGCCCAGAAGAAGCAGCUGAAGGAGCAGCAGGAGAUGCAGCAGAUGUACGACAUGAUCAUGCGGCACAAGCGGGCGAUGCAGGAGAUGCAGCUGCUGUGGGAGCGGGCGCUGCAGCAGCACCAGCACGGCUACGACAGCGACGAGGAGGUGGACAGCGAGCUGGGAACCUGGGAACACCGCCUGCGGCGCAUGGAGAUGGACAAAACCCGCGAGUGGGCGGAGCAGCUGACGCAGAUGGGCCGAGGGAAACAUUUCAUCGGAGAUUUCCUCCCUCCGGACGAGCUGGAAAAAUUCAUGGAGACCUUCAAGGCGCUCAAGGAGGGCCGGGAGCCGGAUUAUUCCGAGUACAAGGAAUUCAAGCUGACGGUGGAAAACAUCGGAUACCAAAUGCUGAUGAAAAUGGGAUGGAAGGAAGGAGAGGGAUUGGGAUCCGACGGGCAGGGAAUUAAAAAUCCCGUCAGCAAGGGCACCACGGCCACGGACGGGGCGGGAUUCGGGAUCGAGCGCCCGGCCGAGCUCACCAAGGAGGAUGAUGAGUACGAGGCGUUCCGCAAGCGCAUGAUGCUGGCCUACCGCUUCCGGCCCAACCCCCUGAACAACCCACGGCGACCUUACUACUGAGGAGGGCUUUUCCCAACAGAUUUCCCGGGAAUUCUUAUCCCAAACUUCAUUCUCCAUCUCUUUUCCCCCGAUAUUUCCCAGGUUUUUUUAUUGGAAUUGCAGCUCCUUCCCCCCAUGGAAAAACUUUUCCAGUUUUUUUUUUCCUUGGGACACGGGGAGAGUUCAGAGCAGCCCCAAAAAAUCCCCCAGGAGGCUCCAAUUCCAAGGAAUUUGGGGAUUUUUGGGAAUCCAGAAAUGCUGCUCCAGGAAGGGGAGAGGGGUGUGUGUGUGUGUAUGGGGGUUGAUUUUAUUCCUUGAUUUUAUCUGGGAAUCCCAAAUCCCAGAGAAUUUGGGGAAUUUGGGGAAGCAGUGCCUCCAGUUGUGCCUCGGGAUGGGCGGAUCUGACCCGGAUCCAUCGGGAAUUCCAGGAUUUCAGGGAUCCAGGGCGGGAUUCCUUCCCUUCCCGGGGGUUUUGCCAACACCUCCUGUGCUUUGGGAUGAGCCAGACCCAAAAUUCCAAAGCCAAACUUUGGGGAAAAAAAAACCCAAAAUCCAACAAAAUUCCAGCGCCGCGCUUCGGGAAAAAAAUCCCGUUGGAUUUUAUUGCCCUAAAAUGGGGGGGAAAAAACCCCCAAAAAAAACCUCUGGAAAUACAAAUUUUCAAUUUUCUUCACGGAAUCUGUAAAUAAAAUCCGAUUUGUUUGUUCCUUA